AUGGGGAGACUUGCGAAAUUUUUAGCCAUCGCUAUCGUUCUUAAUGAAUUGACUUCAGGCUAUAAGUUGAUGCACGACUCGAAUAUGUCGUCUGAAUACUCCAUAAACUAUGUGAGUCAAAAUGUAUUUCAAAACACAAUAUUGAACAAUGCCUCACUCAUGGCUGAUGGCGAGAUACUCAAUUUCGGAGACGAGACGUCCUGCUUCAAGCCCAAUGUUAGGUCCGAGACUGUCGACUCGGAUUUUUGGGAAUUGAAACUUCAGGAGAAAAGAGUAUUAAAUAAGAGUUCGGAAGUAAUCACGAAAAAGCUUUCGGGCAAGUGUUUAAUCUAUCCUAACGGAUUCUGGAACUACAGUUUUUGCUAUGGCAAGAGCGUCGCCCAAUUCACUAUGCCCUCAGAUAUGCAAGGUCUGCAUUACUUGCUCGGCAAAUUCGAUAUUCCAGAUCAUGACGAUCUUCGACUUGUCCACGAUCUUGGAGGCUAUUACGUGGCCGAUACAGGAAGUUAUGGAGAUGUCUGUGUUGAGACGGACGCUAUGCGUGAAGUAGAAAUACAAUACGUUUGCAAACCAGGUGUUAAUGAAGCCCGCAUUCUAGCCGUACGAGAAGUCAAACUGUGUCGAUAUGCAAUAACUGUUGCAAUCCCAGAGCUUUGCUACUUAGACCUGUUUUCCACUGAAGGGAAAAACAAAUCGGUGCAUUCGAUAGUUUGUACAAGAGACGUUCGCUCAACUGACUUCGAUUCCGUGUAUAUGAUCAAUUAUCAGCCAUUCUUUCUGGGGCAUGGUUUUUACUAUUUACAAAAUCAUUCAGAUCGUAAUGACUCUGACAGCGAUAUCUCAAGUGCAUCCAUGUUGCUGUACACAAGUGAUUUAGUCUUCUCUGAAGAAAAUGCAGAUUUGCACAAAUCCGAGCAGCUCUUUCUGGAGAGGGCGGUAGCCGCCUUCCAAGAGUUAACAUCUCAACGAUUACUAUUCGCACCUGAUGGUCAAAUAUUCAGUACUGGCGACACAGUAUCGUGGGUGACCGAAGUAGUCAAUAGUGGGGGAGAAAAGUUGUGUGUGCUUCGUGUGACAAUUGACGAGGCCUCAACGGCCAACCUUUCCUUUGAUCAAAUACUGCCUGGAAGCAUUCCGAUUCGUGAAAACAUUGUUCAUUACACGCGUGCGAUUCCUCAAGAGGUAGAGCUGUUCAGUGAGUUAUCAACUGAACCGGACCUAGUCGACGAGAGCCCAAAGAGAGACCGAACCUUCGAGGUAUCAAGUGGAAUAAUAGUGUCAGAGAGAAGAACGGAACACACCUAUGAUAAACUGAAACAAGAAAGUACCGAGCAGGAAAAUAAAAAUAAUCUUAGUCCUGGUUUCGACGCUCAAGAAGAGGUAGAGGAGGGAACCGAAGUCGAACAUGACGAACUUUAG